CGGAGCUAGAGAGUCGCCGGUUGCGGCGGGGUCAUUCACUAAAUCCCAGCAAAGGCGCCGCCUGAACUUCUCUACACGUCUCCACUCCUGUGGCAGGAUGACCCGCGACGUGGGUCUCGACGAUGAGCUUCCAGACUGGGCUGGAGCAAAGGAGUUUUACCAGAAAUACGACCCCAAGGAUGUUAUUGGCAGGGGUGUGAGCAGUGUGGUGCGGCGCUGCAUACAUAAACAAACAGGCCAGGAGUAUGCUGUCAAGAUAAUCGAAGUAACCCCAGAGCGCAUGACCCCCCAGCAGCUGGAGGAGGUGCGCGUGUCCACCAGCAAAGAGAUUGAGAUCCUGCGGCAGGUCUCUGGUCACCCCUACAUCAUUACUCUUAUAGAUUCCUAUGAAUCAUCCACCUUCAUGUUCCUGGUAUUUGACUUGAUGAAACGUGGAGAGCUUUUUGACUACCUUACAGAGAAAGUAACUCUGAGCGAGAAGGAGACCAGGUCUAUCAUGCGAGCCCUUUUGGAGGCGGUGAGCUACCUUCAUGCCAACAACAUCAUCCAUCGGGAUCUCAAGCCAGAAAAUAUCCUCAUGGAUGACCAGCUGAAUAUCAAGCUCUCCGAUUUCGGCUUCUCCUGCCAUUUGGAGCCAGGAGAGAAACUGCGAGAGCUCUGUGGAACUCCUGGCUACUUGGCCCCAGAGAUCCUGAAAUGCUCCAUGGAUGAGACUCAUCCUGGCUACGGGAAGGAGGUGGACCUCUGGGCCUGCGGAGUCAUCUUCUUUACCCUCCUGGCUGGCUCUCCCCCUUUCUGGCACCGCAAGCAAAUGCUGAUGCUUCGGAUGAUCAUGGAGGGGCGAUACCAGUAUGGGUCUCCCGAAUGGGAUGACCGGUCCGACACAGUCAAGGAUUUGAUCUCCCGGUUGCUGCUGGUGGACCCAGCAGAACGUCUGACGGCUGAGCAGGCCCUCCAGCACUCUUUCUUCCAGCGCUGUGGCACCCGCGAGCUCCGGCACUUCAGUCCCUACCACAAAUUCAGAGUGAUCGCCUGGACCGUACGGGCCUCCAUCCGAAUCUUCUGCAACUACCGCCAGGUGCGGCCAGUCACCAAGGAGCUGCUGCUGUGUGACCCAUAUGGGUUCAAGGGGGUGCGUAAACUGAUCGACGCCUGUGCCUUUCGCAUCUAUGGACACUGGGUCAAAAAGGGCGAGCAACAGAACCGGGCUGCUCUUUUUGAAAAUGUCCCAAAGGCCAUCCAGCUCGUCCUUCUCGGGGCAGAGGGAGAGGAGACCCCCUCAACUGCUGUGGAUGACCUUCCCAACUAGAGACCUUAUUGCUGCUCCCUGCACAACUGGGUAUCAGUGGGUCUCUAACAUUGUCAUCGUAAAGGAGGGAGGAAGGAGCCACUUGGAGAACCGUUUUCCCCCUCUCCUGGCAGAGUGGCAAGUUGUGGAGACCGCUUGUAAGAGGAACAUUUGCCCUUGCAUGCAAAGGGGUCCAAAUGUGUGGGGAACAGGGCCCUUGCCUCCAGGAUAAUGGGAUCCCGAGUGCCUGGAGCCAGGGCCUCUAGAUCUGUCUGGAGCAAGAACACAGAGUGUCAAUAUUGUUUGAGAUGUAUGGAUUAUUACAGAGAAUUAGGGCGCGGGGGGUAUAUCUCUGUGCUGCAGAAACCUGGGGCUUUUCUACAUCUAUUACAUAAUAAGGAGGGGCCCAGCUUCUCACCCAUUCCAGCUGCCAGAUUUCCCUACUGCUGUCUGAAUCAACAUCAUGUAUGGUCAGUAUUGGUUGGCUGGGGGCCAAGAGGGGUGGGAGAAUGGAUUGGAACCAGAUGCUGCCCCCUAUUCUCUAUUAAAGGGAAUUGGGCUAGGCCUUUCUGUGUCUCUCUUUGGUUGUGCCCCACCUCUACUCAUGUCAUAAUUACAAUAAAAAUGGA